AUGAACUCAACAGCUGGACAAGGACAAUCAUCAUGCAGAAACCACGAGAAUGAUUUUGGCGAGCCAAUUGCCGUCAUUGGUAUGGCCAUGCGGCUACCAGGCGGUGUUCGAUGUGGAGAUGAGUUUUGGGAAAUGCUCGUGAAGAAACGAGAUGGCUUUUGUGAAGCGCCUCCCUCGCGCUGUUCGAGAGAGGCGUCUAGAAACCCUGCUUGUGGAGAUCCGAGCGGAACGAAAAAAGGGUUCUUUCUGCAAGAAAAUCCAGCUUUUUUUGACGCUUCGUUCUUUUCUGUUCCUCCCCACGAGGCGGCACGCCUAGACCCCCAGCAACGACUCUUGCUAGAGGUUGCCUGGGAGUGCUUGGAGAACUCGGGGGAGACCAAGUGGCGCGGUGAAAAAAUUGGUUGCUUUGUGGGCGUCUUUGGCGAGGAUUGGCUAGAGAUGUCGCAUAAAGAUCCCCAGCAUCUGAAUCAGAUAUACCCGAUUGCUACCGGUGGUUUUGCGCUAGCAAACCAAGUAUCAUAUCGGUUUGAUCUCCUGGGUCCGAGUGGGAUCUCUCAUACUUUCGAUGCUGAGGCAGAUGGCUACGGUCGUGGUGAAGGGAUCAACUGUAUCUAUCUCAAACCAUUGCGGGACGCGUUACGUGAGAACGACGCUGUCCGCGCCGUCAUCCGCUCCACAGUGACCAACCACGACGGCAAGACCCCUAACUUCUCUCAACCGUGUCCUAAAUCCCAAGAGAGGUUGAUUCGGCGCGCAUAUCAGAUCGCGGGAAUUGAUGCAAUCCACGAAACACCUGUCUUUGAAUGCCAUGGGACUGGAACAGCCGUCGGCGAUGUCAUCGAAGCAUCAGUUGUUGCAAAGAUGACCGACGGAAAAGCAACAUAUAUCACCGCAGUCAAACCAAACGUCGGUCAUUCUGAGGGUGCCUCAGGCAUCACUAGCAUUAUCAAAUCCAUCUUGUCACUUGAACACAAGACCAUCGCACCCAAUAUUCAUUUCAAAACGCCGAAUCCUCAAAUUCCAUUCAACGAGGCAAAUCUUCAUGUUCCUAUAGAACCGACUCCGUGGCCUGCUGGCAGGCCCGAAAGGAUUAGCGUGAAUUCGUUUGGUAUCGGGGGAUCCAAUGCCCACGCUAUUCUGGAGUCCGCCUGCACGACCACUCCCAAGUCCCAGAACACAUCGCUUGGGAUUUCUGACCCCCAGCUUUUGGUAGUAUCUGCACAUACUGCAGACACCCUUCGCAAGCGCAUUACCCAGAUCACCGACUAUGUAAAGAAUCACCCAACACGCCUACAUGAUCUUUCACAUACUUUGGCUGCGCGAAGAUCGCAUCUUCCCCAUCGUGCUUUCACCGUGCUUCAGUCGAGUAACCCAGUUCUAGAUGAUGCGGCUUUUUCGAUCUUCAAUACCAGUCCCUCGAGUGUCACCUUCGUGUUCACAGGCCAGGGUGCUCAAUGGCCGGGAAUGGGGCUGAAGCUUUUGUCGAGCUUCCAAACAUUCAAGCAGGAUAUCAAAACGAUGGAUGAAGCCUUACAAAAACUACCCGAUUCCCCAAAUUGGUUAUUAUAUGAUGAACUUGGGCAAGAGAGUUCUACUUCUCGGGUCCACGAAGCUGAAUUCUCCCAGCCUCUCUGUGUUGCGCUUCAAAUUGGCCUGGUAAACAUUCUCCGGAACUGGGGAAUUGAGCCGUCCACAGUAGUUGGGCAUUCGAGCGGAGAGAUUGUGGCCGCUUAUGCUGCUCGAGCCAUUUCCAUGAGAACUGCUAUCGUUAUAGCAUACUAUCGAGGCAAAGUCGCAAAACCACUAGAAGGUUUCGGUGCUAUGGUAGCCGUCGGUCUUGCCCCGGAUGAAGUGGCGCCGUAUCUGACACCUGGAACCGUUGUUGCUUGCCACAAUAGUCCGCAUAGUGUCACUCUAUCUGGAGAUAAUGACUCGGUUGAACACCACAUGAAACAGAUUGGCUCUGAGUAUGAAGACUACAUCUCUAGCCACAUCGAACAUGAGCAGGAAAUGCUUCCAUUCUGCUCUAGUGUGACUGGCAAAACUAUCACCGACCCUCGCAAACUAGACGCAUCAUACUGGCGACAAAAUCUGGAAUCACCGGUACUCUUCACCGAGGCUAUCCAGAGUCUACCUGCAAAUGGAACACCGGUCUACCUAGAGGUUGGACCGCACUCGGCUCUCGCUGCUCCUCUGCGACAAAUUUUCAGGACUCUGCCGGCAAGGUCACCAGUCUACAUUCCCACCUUGUUUAGGUAUGAUGAGGAUGUCCACAGCCAGCUGCUUCGGACAGCGGGACAGGCCUAUGCGAAUGGCAUAGUUGUCAACUUUUCAAGCAUGAUUGAGCUGGGUAACACAUUGACAGACCUUCCACCCUAUCCUUGGCAACACGAUCGCUCCUACUGGAGUGAGAGCCGACUUAGUAGGGAAUGGAGGCAGCGCAAGUUUCCACAUCAUGAAAUCCUCGGUUCGCGGGUCGUCGAUACGACCGAUCAUGAGCCUUCUUGGCGCAAUUUAGUCACGUUGGACAAUGUCCCAUGGCUUUUGGAUCAUGUAAUCCAAGGGGCAGUUACAUUCCCUGGUGCUGGAUUUGUCGCUAUGGUAGGCGAGGCAGUCCAGCAGCUAAAUCCCGACCACGAUAGUUAUUCAGUGCGUAACACGACAUUCAUAACUCCACUGCUAUUCCACGAAGGAGACCAAAUCGAGAUGGUGACGAGCCUUAGUCCAGUCGAAGUGGCUGACAGGGUCCCGUCUGGCUGGCACAGUUUCAAAAUCAUGGUGCACAACGGAGAACGCUGGACAAUGCACUGCCAGGGCCAAGUAAGAGCGGGGUCCGAUCAUCCUCCAGAGUCAUUCCCAAUCUCUUCUUAUAAACGAUCUGUGCCAUCUGAGGGCCUCUACCGUGUGCUAAAAAGAAGUGGAAUAGAUUACGGUACUCAAUUUCAGGGCCUAGAACAGAUAACAGCCGAUCCUACCGGACCGAGGGCUAAUGCGACUGUCUUGGGUAACCGCGGGCUACCUGGGAGCAGAUAUUCGCUGCAUCCCACGGCGAUUGAUCAAUGUCUCCAACUAAUGGGUGUGGCCUGUUCUCAGGGCUUGUUGCGGCAUCUCUCAACAAUCUAUGUUCCAGCUAUGAUAAAUUCCUUGUUCGUCGGACCUGGAGGCCCCCCUAUGGCAGCAAGCGCUCGAACCAAGAGCGGUACAAGGGACGGCCAACUGGGCGACGCCAUUGCCAGGCUUGGGGAUCGAGUGGUCCUCUCCAUUCAAGGAGCUUAUCUUUUUGCCUUGGAAAAUGACAAUAUAGAUUCCGGAACUGGGGUCGCAGGCUCCAUAAGCCAUCUAGAGUGGAAAUCGGACAUUGAUUUUUUGCCCUCGGCAGUGCUUCUGUCUACACCACCUGAUUAUACACCACAGGCCAUCAAUAUUAAAGCCCUGGGCCAGUUAUCCGUACUUUUUGUUCUGGAGACAGCAGAGAAAAUUCGAGAUGUCGAACCAACAUCAUCACAUUUCGCAAAAUGGAAGAGAUUCAUGCAGGAUGCAGCCUUCAAUAUCAAAUCAAGCGGACAAGAAUUUAUCUACCCAGAGUCACCUCAGUGGGCAUUACUAAGCUCUGCGGACAGACAGGAAAUGAUACGGAAGGUGUUGGCGGAGACCAAAUUUACCUUUGAUGCUCCACUUGCGGAAUGCCUGCAGGUCGUGUUCAACAACUCCACAGACUUUACAUCUGGAGAAAGUAGUCCACUGGAAGUCCUCAUGAAAGACAACCUGCUGCACCAGUUCCACGCUGCACACACACAGUAUGCCGAUUGGAAGCCGCUCCUACCAUUACUCUGCCAUUCCAACCCCAGCCUACAAAUACUUGAGAUUGGCGCAGGCACCGGCUCUGCAACCGCAAUGGCUCUGGAACUUCUAAAAUCUGCCAGUGGGGAGCAGAGAUUUGGUCAUGAGCAGGCCAUGGAAUACAAAGUUCUUGAUAUCACCCUAGAUCCCCUCGAACAAGGGUUUGACGCCCAUAGCUUUGACUUGAUCAUCGCUUCCAAUGUCCUCCACGCUACCCCGAGUCUUCACUCCGCACUUUGCCAUGUGCAUCGUCUCAUAAAGCCCACCGGUCGCUUCUUACUCCACGAGAUUAGCCCGGAAAUUUUAAUUCCAAAUUUCACCAUGGGCGUAUUUCCCGGCUGGUGGCUGGGGGAAGAUGAUGACCGAUCAAAGCAACCGUUUAUCUCGCCUGAGCGAUGGGAUCAGGAGCUACGAGCUGCCGGUUUCACUGGAGUAGAUGUAGUAGCUUAUGAUCAAAAGCCGCCAUAUCACAUAUCUGCCAGCAUGUUGUCUCGACCAGUGGACAAGAUCCCCAUUCCUAACGAAAUCUGGCUUCUCACUGGCAAUUCUAUCCCGUGUCAGUGGGCGUGUGAUGUCGAGUUGCAGGUCCGUGACAAAGGCUACAUUACUAACUGGACCACUUUACAAGAAACUCCACCCAAGGGCAAAUUUGUUGUAUCUCUGCUGGAUCUCGAUGGACCCCCAAUAGGUUCCUUGACGAAAAAUGAUUAUGAGUUGUUCCAGCGCUACAUAGAGCAGGCUCAAGAAUGCCAAUUCUUGUGGAUCACGCAGUCAACAUCUCUCACCUGUUCGGAUCCAAUGUUUGGCUUCAUCCAUGGGCUCGCCCGCACUUUACGGGCGGAGCUAAUGCUUGACCUCUCAAUUCUAGAGGUCCCCACAUGGGACGCGGCUGGUGCAAAAGCCAUGGUACAGGUGUGUGAGAAGAUACAAAGAUCUCGCGCCCACUCCCUUCGUGAUCCAGAGUAUGAAUUUGCAUUAUGUGAAGGCGAGAUUAAGGUCGGGCGGUACCACUGGACACCUCUUGCCGAGCAUCUGGCAGGUCCACCCAGUCCUGAUUCGUCCCGAAAAUUAUCUAUCACGACCUACGGGCUGUUGGAUACACUGCACUGGGAAGAGAAAGAGGCAUCCUAUGAGCUAAAUGAGGGACGUGUUGAAGUUGAGAUGGACUACGUAGGAUUGAACUUCAAGGACAUGAUGGUUGCAAUGGGCUUCUUCGGCAGCAAGGAAGAUCUAGGACUCGAAGGCAGCGGCAUUGUGCUUCAAGUUGGAGCCGAUGUGACGGACAUCACCGUAGGGGACCGUGUCGUCUUGAUGCAUUCUGGGGUUCUGGCCUCGAACGUUGUUGUGCCUCAAGAAGCUUGUAUCAAGCUUCCACGGGGGUUGUCGAUGGAAGAUGCCGCCACAAUGUUAACAGCCUAUGUCACUGUUCUUUACUCGCUGCUUGAAAUAGGUGCUUUGAAGAAAGGCCAGUCCGUUCUCAUUCACUCCGCAUGCGGCGGGGUCGGGCUAGCUGCACUACAAGUUUGCCAGGCUGUUGGUACCGAGAUAUAUGCUACUGUCGGCAACGACAAAAAGAUAGCCCAUUUGAUGGAACAUUUUGGUUUAUGUCGAGAACGUAUCUUCAACUCUCGCAACGCAUCCUUCCAACCAGACCUGAUGCGUGCCACCGCGGGAAAGGGAGUUGAUCUAGUGCUCAAUUCGUUGUCGGGUAACUUGUUACACGCUUCGUGGGAGUGUGUUGCGAAGUUCGGUCGAAUGGUUGAACUAGGAAAACGUGACUUCAUCAGUCACGGAAUGCUGAAUAUGAGCCUUUUCGAAGCCAACCGAUCGUUUUUCGGCGUUGACCUCGCACAGGUUUGCAAAGAGACCCCAGAAAUCCUCAAAAGCACCCUGGCAACAUUCUCAGACUGGCAUCGUCAAGGCAAAAUCGGACCUAUUAAACCUGUGAAAGUCUUUGAUGCGGUCGAUAUUGUCAGUGCAUUCAGGUAUAUGCAAGCUGGCACUCACUUGGGUAAGAUUUUGGUGCGUAUGCCAUCCUCUGUGGAGCGUUUGCCUCCUCCUGCUGUGAAAAAAUUCCCAACAUUCCGUUCCGACGCUGCUUAUCUGCUGAUUGGCGGGCUGGGUGGUAUUGGGCGAUCUGUGUCAACAUGGAUGGUUGAGCAGAAUGCGCGAGAGCUCAUCUUCCUCUCGCGGUCGGCUGGAAAAUCCGAGGUGGAUCAAGCAUUUGUUCGGGAGCUUGAGGCUCUAGGUUGCCACGUAAUUUGUGUCCCAGGCAAUGUGACGAAUCUCAAGGAUGUUAAGGAGGCUGUUGCCACAUGCACGCGGCCCCUUGCUGGUGUCCUCCAGAUGGCAGUUGACUUAAAUGACCGGCUCUUCCUGCAGAUGAGCCACGAAGAGUGGGAGGCUGCGCUGGCUCCGAAAGUCACUGGAACCUGGAAUCUGCAUCAUGCCACAUCAGAACACCCACUAGAUUUCUUCGUUGUCUUUGGCUCUAUUGCCGGGGUGUGCGGUAACACGGGCCAGGCCAAUUAUGCAGCAGCAACUACAUUUUUGGAAGCGUUCACCCGAUAUCGACGGCAGCAAGGGCUCCCUUCUUCUAUCUUGCACCUCGGAGUGGUUGGAGACGUGGGUGCCGCAAGUCGCAACCCCCGAUUCCUCCAGAGAGUACAAUCGAUCGCGCUGCAUGUGCUCCAUGACGCUGCAGUGAUUGAUGGACUCGCCGCGGCGAUCAACCUAUCCCCGGUUAAUAGUUCUAACCCGACUGGGGCAGUGGCAAUGGGACUCGCACACACGAGGCGCCGCGCCGAUCUACCUAAGGAAAUCUUCCUAGGUGGACGAGACGCUCGAUUUUCGAUUUAUCCCAACCUUGAGUCGACCAGUGAUGGUAUUGGUGGGGAUCAAUCCUCCCAUGCAAAUGCGCUAAAAGCUCUCCUUGCUCAGAUACAAGCGGAUCCCUCGUUGACGAGCAAGAAGGAGACCGAGGUCGCCUUGAUGAAGGAACUCGGCAAGUUCAUCAGCCAUAAUCUAACAGGGCAGACGCAGGAGCAGGGACCAGACUCUGCAGAUGACAGUGAGGCACUGGCCAAUAUGGCAGUGGACUCCCUCAUGGCUAUAGAGGUAAGAAAUUGGCUCCGGAGAUCCUUGGGCUUGGAGAUUCCUACUGUGGAAAUCAACCGAGCAGGUACAUUAGGAGGUUUGGUAAAGGUUGUCUUGAAGGGACUUGGGGAGAAAUAUGAUCGUGCUACCUAA